AGCGCUGCUGUUUUCUAUUUUUUUCUUUUCUUUUUCCUAAACUGAACGCUUUGUCCACCGUUGGCCAACGGCGAUGUCGGAAAUGUCAAGAUAACCGCGGGCACCGUUGAUAUGAAACAUCGCAAUUCGCUCGGAAUCAACUGUAAACCGUGUAAACAGCGUAAACGGACAUCGAGAGAGACGAAACACUCGCGCGAAGAGACAAUCCCAUAAAGCAACAUGUGUUCGGACCUGCGAAACUGGCCGAUCUUCAGCUUGCUGGAGCCGGAAUUCGUCUCGCGAAUUUACAUGGUUACGGUUUACGGUAACUUGGGUAAUGAGGCCUUGAUUGUGACAAGGGACAAGAUGGUGUACGCCCUGGGCAGCAACAUUGCCGGUUGCCUGGGGACCGGAGACGCGCAUAGCACACUAUGUCCAAAGAAGGUGGAACCGCUGUGUGAGAAAGAUAUAAAAACGUUUUCGUAUGGCAGCGGACCUCAUGUUCUGGCGCUCACAAAAGAUGGAGAGGUAUAUUCUUGGGGUCACAAUGGUUAUUGCGAACUAGGAAAUGGUACAUGCAAUCAGGGCCUCUCGCCCACACAAGUGAACAGUCUGGGCAUAAAACGCAUCGUAGACAUCGCAUGCGGGAGUCAUCAUUCCGUCGCUCUGAACGAGGACGGCGAGGUGUAUGCCUGGGGACAAAACAAUUGCGGCCAAGUGGGCAGCAGCAUCAGUACGAAUCAGGGUGCGCCCAGGCAAGUGAACUCUAACCUGGCUGGGAAAAAGGUCGCCCAAAUAGCCUGUGGUCAAACCUCCACCAUGGCGCUCCUCGAAAACGGCGAGGUGUACGGUUGGGGUUACAAUGGCGUUGGCCAACUGGGGAUAGGCAAUUACGUGAACCAAAUGACACCGUGCCGGAUUGGCGCGCUGUUAGGCACCGUGAUAGUCAAGGUGGCUUGCGGAUAUGUGCACACGCUAGCGCUCACGGAUGAAGGGGAGCUCUAUGUUUGGGGUGGGAACAGUUACGGCCAGCUGGGGAUCGGCAACAAGACGAACGCCUGCAAUCCAGUCUUGGUCAAACACGAAAUGGGAAGGGUGUCCGACAUCGCCGCCCUGCACUACAAUCACACGAGCGUCGCCGUCGGCGAGGGAGGACGUGUCUACAUGUGGGGUCACUGCCGCGGCCAGAGCAUCACGACCCCGACCGCUACUCCGUUCUCAAACGUGCACGACGCGCUUGCGUGCUGGGGCUCGCCGAGUGUUAUGCAUAAACCGCUGAUCCUAUAUGCGGACGAGGAGUCGGGCAUAUUGCAAUGCCUGGGAACUGCAUUUGAUGAUCCCUCGACGAGUGAUCUUACGAUACAAGUGGAUGGUCAGUGUAUUCACGUGCACAAAGCUAUCUUGAAGAUCCGCUGUCCGUACUUUAGAAACAUGUUUCAGCACAAUUGGACAGAAAGCAAUCAGAGUAUUAUUGAACACGAUCAAUUCUCCUAUGUCGUCUACAAAGCUUUCCUGAAGUACUUGUAUACAGACACGAUCGAUCUACCUGUGGAGAAGGCAUUAGAACUUUUGGACCUGGCUAACGCAUAUUGUGAGAACACUCUUAAGAAACACUGUAUUCGGAUGAUAAAGCAAGGAAUUACUGUGUCGAAUGUCGCGUACUUGUACAGCAUCGCAAUCGAGUAUAACGCAGAGGAACUCGAAGAAUUCUGUUUCAAGUUCGCAUUGAAUCACAUGACGGCUGUGACGCAGACGGAGAAUUUCGCCAAGUUGGAUGAGAAUACGGUAAAAACUUUCAUAAUCAAGGCGGGUAAGGCCGGCGUUUUUAGGACGUAAUUCGUGACCGUUUACCUCGAAGAUAAUGCGCUUCGACAGGAACAGACGGAGAUUGUCACAUCUGCAUAUCGUUGCGCGAGUACUCGUGACGCAUUUUCAUAAUCGCGAACAUUCCAACGAUAUAAUUCGUUUCCUUAACUUUGCAUUUCAAUAUUAGUAUUUGUAAGUGAUUAACGGAUGCGACCGCGUCUAGUCUAGUGCCGAACUACCUCGCGCGUAUCCGAUAAAUACGUAAUAAUUCGUGCGAGAGAUUCGCGUAAUAAUUCUUUUGUCGAUCUCAGAGAGUACGAUCUUGUGAUCUUAUAAAGGUACCUGAGAUUAUCUUAGAAGAAUUCGCGUAAACAAAAGAAAAGAAAAAAAAACAACCACUUUGAAAGAAACCAAUCUCCGACGACGCGUUAUCUGCAUAACGAAUUGAUUAAAGACGUAUCAAAGUAUCCGUCGUAAGAUUGUGAAAAUUUUAUCGUUCCGUUUCUUUUUUUUUAUCAUUUCUGUGAUAUAGGUAACGUAAUCGGUACGUGUCUGCCGCGAUUUACGAUCACGCCGACUUCUUGCAGAUUUUAUUUUUGUCAGCUGUGAGCUUUGUAAAAUAUCAAUAUACAUGUGAUAUGAUACGAAUAUAAUAAAAUUUUUUAUCGUCAA